AUGGCUGUGAUGACGCUGCAGCUGGGUGGGCUGAUGCUGGCCGUGCUGGGCUGGCUGGGCUCCAUCCUCACCUGCGUGCUGCCCAUGUGGAAGGUGACGGCCUUCAUUGGCUCCAACAUCGUGGUGGCCCAGGUCUUCUGGGAAGGCCUGUGGAUGAACUGUGUGUACGAAAGCACUGGGCAGAUGCAGUGCAAGGUCUACGACUCCCUGCUGGAGCUCACCUCUGACCUGCAAGUGGCUCGUGCCUUGGUCGUAACCUCCAUCUUUGUCGCCUGCUUUGCCUUCCUCACUGCCAUCUCAGGUGCAGAUUGCACCCACUGCGUGGAUGACAAGGGCAGCAAGACCAGGAUCUCCAUUGGGGCAGGUAUCAUCUUCGUCCUGGCCAGCAUCUUGCUGCUCAUCCCUGUCUCCUGGUCUGCUAACAGCAUCGUCAGCAACUUCUACAACCCCAUGGUUCCUGAGGCUCUCAAGAGAGAGCUGGGGGCUGCCCUCUACAUUGGCUGGGCCUCCAGUGCUCUCCAGCUUUUUGGUGGGGGCAUCCUGUGCUGCUCAGGACCCCCAUCCCAGCAGGACUCCUACCCCAACAAGUACAGAGCAGCGAAAACCUAUGGCCCAAUGGGCUACCCCAUGCAAGAUUAUGUGUGA